AUGGCAGGCAACGUCGUGGUGGGCGACGUGAUGGCAUACGCCCUAGAGCUGGCGAGUAACAUUCGAAAGCUCUUGAGCUUAUCAUCAGCGUGGGAGAGGUUAUGUGUAUACGUCACCCUACUAGGCAACAACGACUUGCACGAGGACCAGUGGCAAGUAGUUCCGAGUCGGGAAUGCGUUGUUGCAGGUCUGCCUCGGAUUAGGACGGGAAGUGGAAGGGUGAGGUGCUCGUCGGAGGCGAAGCCAGUCCCCUUCUCCGGCGCGGGAAUGGGUGCGGCGCUCCUCUCCGCAGCAUGCGUCAUGGGGGCGUCGAGCCCGGUGCUGGCCCUGGUGGAUGAGAGGAUGAGCACAGAAGGGACUGGCUUGAGCUUGGGCAUCAGCAACAACCUUCUGACGUGGAUCCUCGUCGGCGUCUUUGCCCUCAUUUGGGCGCUCUACUUCGUCUACACCUCCACUCUCGAGGAGGACGAUGAGUCUGGGUUGUCCCUUUAAGCUCUCAACCGCAGAGACUGCCGUAGAAAUGAAAGCAUGGUUGCUUCAAAGACUGGUGCCAUAUUUAGUUCCUGUAUGACAAUUCUUGUUCUUCUGGAAAAGCCUUCUGUGUAGAAUGAGAGCUGAUAGGGAAUCUUUC